AUGAAGAGAAAAGCCGGUCUGGACUCUGAGACAACAAAUCUGGAUGGCCGAAAACCAAAAAUAUCAGCAGAGCUUCCGGAUCGGCCCUUGUCAAUUGCAGAGUGGAGAAAACUGAAAGAAUCAAUGGCUACUAUCCAGCGUUUUGAUGUCUACAUUAUGUGUGGGCUAUUCAAUGCUGGAGCUGAUGUGGAUAUUGCAAAGGCCUGCCUCUUCCUCCUCCUCCCUCCAGGGCCUGCCUCUUCCUCCUCCUCCCUCCAGGGCCUGCCUCUUCCUCCUCCCCCCUCCAGGGCCUGCCUCUUCCUCCUCCCCCCUCCAGGGCCUGCCUCUUCCUCCUCCCCCCAGGCCUACCCUCACCCUUCCUCCUCUCACCGGCCUCCUCACUCCCAGUCCUCCUCUGAGUCUCCUCCUCCCUCCCUCAGACCUCCUCUCACUCUCUUCCUCUUCCCUAAGCCACCUCUAACUCUCUCCCUCUUCUUCUCCCCAGGCCUCCUCUCACGCUCUUCCUCUCUCUCCCAGGCCUCCUCUAACUCUCCUCUCCCCCAGGCCUCCUCUAACUCCCCUCUCCCCAAGGCCUUCUCUCACCGUCUUCCUCUCCUCCAGGCCUCCUCUGAUCCUCUCCUCUCUCCCCCAGGCCUCCUCUGA